GUUCCAAGCUUGACCCCCUAGGCAUAAGUAAUUUUCAAGCGUAAAGACUCCUUGAAUUUCAGAUUGCUUUUGUUUUGGACUGUUUAUAAGCUGAUAAUCAUAUGCGAACUCUAAGUUUAAGUAGGGUUAUUCUGUUUCAAUUUUGCAGAUUUCUAGGCAGAGCUGGAUGCAAACAGAGCAAGAAUGACUGUCGAAAUUCAAAGCGAUCGCAAUUCCGCUGAAAGCACCGAGAUGGAUACACUUAUGACUAAUCGAAUUGGCUCCAACGAGGCUACUCAAGGAGACAGCGAUUUUCCUACCGUUAGCACCGAUGCUAGUUUGCACAAGAGAAGACAGGGGUCAUCAUGCAGCUCCCAGAAAUGCCUGUUAUCGCUCAUCCUACUUCUGAGCUUAGUUUGUCUUUGCAUUGGUAUUGUACUUGUUAUUAUGGCGAAUGGAAAAUGCAAGAAAGGAAAGGAUUUGGAUGGUACCGACAAUGAAGCAUCAAGCGCGCCCUCACAAAUCUGCGCACCUUCCGAGCAAGCAAAAGCUAUCAAAUUGCAAGAGUUCUUGGAUAAAGUCCAGGCGAAGUACUUUAAGCUUCAUCCUAACGCAGUUGCAUGGAAACCAGGGGCAAGUCGUGAAGAGAUGCGGAAAACAUUCCGACCAUUUGACCCUUCGCCACAAAAAAUCAAAAUAAGGACCGAUGCGGCGUUUCACCUACUUGAAGAGAUAAAAAACAUCACCGUCCAAGAAAACACAAUAACAAGUCUUAAACCACGCGAGAAAAAGCUGGUCGCGCAAAUGAAGUUUUUUCUGAAUACUAACUUUGGUCAACCUUAUGACGGGAAUUAUUACUCUGGGGAUUGGAUGAUGGGACCAAACUUUUUCUGCUUCCAACCGGUGUGUAACGUCGGAAUGGAGCUUUCUACGUAUAUACCGAUCUUAAAGCCUUCCUCACUCGACGAUGUAAAAAGACUCGAGGAAAUUCUCAAACUUUACAAGAAGUCUAUAACCCAAUUCACGGAAAACAUAAAACUUGGUGUAAAAUCAGGAAUGGUUCGAUCAGUGGAGGAAUGCGAAACUGGACUUAAUGCAUUCAAGGGAACGUUCCCGAUGAUCGCGCAGCACAACGAAACAGGUAUACUGAAAGAGUCAUUUCUUAAAGUUGCACUACAACCAGAAUACCUCAACUCUCUCUCAAACGAGACAAUCGAAAUCCUAAAAAGUCAGACAGGAAAAGAUGUACCACAGAUCGUGAAAGAUACCCUGGUAGCGAACGUAGGAGUUCCUCUUAAGGCGCUGAUAAGGUACCUGGAGGGUGAAUAUGCAAGCCAUUGUGUCCCAAGUUCCGUGUCCAGUGGCCUCGCAAAUAGACCUUUGCGUUACGUGUACACCAAUGGAGUGCGUGACACGUCACGACGCACGUCACAGACUCUACCGACUGGAGAGAGACUGGACGGAAAAAAGACGUAUGCUGGCAUGAUCAGCUACUUUACAGAUACUGAUAUCACCGCUAGUUACGUGUAUGAAAAGGGAUGGGAGAUACUUAACGCUACGUACCCGCAGGUGAUUGAAAUAGCCAAGGAGUUCACAGGCCUUGACAAUACUUCAGCAGCUGUUACAUCGUUCCGACACAAGUUGACAGAGCAGGACAUGUACUUCAACGCCGAGUCCUUUCCGAAAAACGAGAGCAGUUCGGAAGCUUUCCGACGAUGCAGUUCCGAUGAAGGAGCUAAGAAGUAUUGCCCAAAGAGAUGGGAAGCUUUACAGAAAUGGUUCAAAACUUCGAGAGAGGUUAUGAGUCUAUUGGACCCCAAGACAGUCAACAUGUUUCAUUUCACGGGAGAACAACAGACCACUCCCGGGUGUCCAGUCUCUCUCAUAGCCGACUUCAUGCCUACCAGCGCCGCACAAAGCUACGUGAACAGCGAUUCGAGCUGUUCUAGCAACUGCUUCUACAGGAUUCCUUUCUUCCUGGAAAACAUGGGACCAAAAUUUAGUGAAUGGAGUGUGAACGCACACGAGGCCAGACCGGGUCAUCAUACACAGGCACAAGGAUUCCUUGAGCACUUUACGGAUUCCUGUGGUGGAGUAGGGGACUGGUUAGGCCGCAUGACUAGUUUCCAGGCCUUCAGUGAGGGAUGGGCUUUGUACGCCGAGGCUCUGAUUGGCGAAGAGACGGACACCUACCAGGGAAGACCGCUGAUGAAGUACGGCUGGCUCAAAUGGCAGAUCUGGCGCGCUCUGAGGCUUAUUAUCGACACUGGACUUCACAGCAAAGGCCUCACUCGUGAGCAGGGCCUGGAACUUUUCGAUCGUUACGCCUGGGACAACACCGACAUCUCCCGCAAGGAGCUGUCCCGAUACCAGAGUGGGCCGGGGCAGGCGACCGCCUACCUGAUCGGCAAACUGGUCAUCAGCAAACUCAAGACGUUUGCCAAGGAACAACUAGGGGAGAAGUUUGACCAGAAAGAAUUCCACUAUCAGUUACUGUCGCAGGGCUCGUCACCAUUGAGUUUCCUCGAAGAACACAUCAAGGAGUACAUCAAAUGCAAGAAAAGCCCUAAGCGAAGCCCUGCAUGCAACUUCAUUUUGCGCCCAACGCGGUCCUCAAUCUACACGACCUUGAACAGCCAUCAACUGCAUCAGCAAGCCUUCUACAGCCUUCCUCACUUGCAGUGGAAACGAUACCUAUGAAGAUCUUCUUUUUGCCCUGUCCAUCCUCAAAAAGCCCUUUUAGUUGUCUACACAUGUACGUAGUGAAAAUGAAACCUGCAGAGCCAUUCCCACCUUUAACAGCUUUAAAAAACCUUCAUGGGUCGUCUACACAUGCAGUGGAAACGAUACCUAUAAAGUACUUAUUUCUACCCUCAACAGCCUCAAAAACUUUGAGUACAGUGGCAAUGACAGAUUCAAAAAAGCCUUCAUGGGUCGACUACACAUUCCAUGUAGAGGUACCGACGCAUGUCCUCCUUUUACCUCUACCAGCCAUAACCAGCCCUCUUCAGCCUUCCAUGCAUGCAGUGUAUUGAUCUUCUCGAUGGAGUCAUUCGAGUUAAUUUUAAAGGGAUAUGUUCUCCUGUUGCGCCUCACGUUUGCGCAUAAGGCUGAGUUUUACUGAGAGUCAUAACUCUGAUUUUUUCCCAUACAUUAGGAGAAUAGGCAAGCUAACCAUUCAUGUGGGAUUACACAGAAAAUCUUACUUUCUCCUCUAAGGACGGGUUGUUAAUUAAACCGUGGCCUACGGGAAACUGAUGGAAAAAACGCCUACGUAAAUGUACCAGACAUUAGUUUAGACGGAUAAAAGGCAUUUUCUCAUUUUAUGUCGAGCCAAAAUUACAACAACGAUAUUUUUUAUUCGAUUUUCUAUUGAUCGAAGCGAGGGUAAUAUCAAGGUAUUCGCGAUCAACCAUCAUUUGAAUUUUUUUAUUCAAUUCCAGGAUAAAAAUAAUGUGACUGGGAUUUUUUUAUAUUGUAUAUUCAUGCGUAAAGCUAGCCUCUUGAUAGCUAAGUCACAAGUUUGUUACAUUAGUUGCACAGUCGAAAAAAUUGUUUGUUUGUUCUAAUAAACUAAUUUUAAAAUUCCAUCGAGUGUUGGAAAAUGUACAUACUUUAUAUAAAUAUUGCGUAAUACAAAGCAUGAAUGAAGCAAAGAUUUCUAUUAUAAAAGUCACUUCGAAUGUAUUAGAGACCAGCUCACACUUCUCCUAUAAUGUGUUUAUUUCUAGAAAAUCCAUAAAAAAUGCGCAUUUAGAGACUGCAUUAAGAUAGCUGCCUAAUUUUGAAUUUAAAAUUACGUACCAUUAAAAUAGCCAGAAAAGUAAUCCAUUAUGAAAAAUGUGAAUUGGUCCUUUAAUUAGUUUUUACACAAUGUUUUUCAACCUAGGUUUUACUCAACUUAGUCCUAGACGUUCUUAACCGGGUGUCUAAUCGGGCUUUCUAUAUUUAGUAAGUGUUGUGACGCCAAAGGAAACCAUGGGUGAGCUCGUCCCAUGCCACAAGCUGCUUCACGGCUUAUCUCCUACAACAGGGAACCCUGUAAGAACGCCUGUGUCUAGGCUGGGCGUUACUGACUCAUGGAACACGUAAGACUCAGGAGCACAAAAAAUUGUAGACGGGAACGACACUUUAUAUAAAAUGUAUGACAAAUAAUAAACCAAUUGUAGUCUA